AUGGAGGACUGUCAGGAUGAUUUAGAGUCCAGUGGGGACCAGGAUCAUGAGGCGGUCCAGGAGGAAUCCAGUACAGAUGAGGACAGCUCAGAUCUGGAGACAGGCAAUAAGACCGCUCCGAGACCGCUUUUGUCCCAAGCAGAGCGAUACCUGCAAGAUUGUCAAGAGAUAGGCGUCAUCCCCGACGCCUCCUUCCUCUGCAACUUGGGCAACACCUCUCUCAACUUGAGCCACCGCGGUUUGGGACCUUUGGGGGUCAAAGCUCUGGCUUUAGUUCUGGAGGGCGACUGCAUACUUAAAGAGCUGGACCUGAGCAACAACAGGAUCUGCUGGAAGGGAGGAGAGCACCUGAGUUGGAUGUUGGGCCACAAUUUUGGCAUUGAAGUCCUAAAUCUGAGCUGGAAUGGUCUCUGCUUGAGCGGCGCUUCGGCUCUGAGUACGGUUGUGAAGGUGAACUCCUCUCUGAAGGAACUCUACCUGUCCCACAAUAGUUUUGGCCGAGCCGCGGCGGAGCUGGGUCAAGCUCUGAAACAGAAUGAUGAGCUGUUGAUUCUGGACCUCUGCAGUAACCUCAUCGACGAUGAGGCUGUGGCGCUGCUGUGCAGUGGCCUGGCCACCAACACCGCCCUGAAGGUUCUCAAGCUGUCUCAGAACCCCAUCAGUAAGAUCGGAGCCCUGACGCUGCUCAGAACAGUUACAAACAACAAGAACUCAGCAAUGAAAGAAAUCGACAUUUCUAGUGUGCACGUUUGUGAGACUUUCGUGGAGCUGCUGGAGAAAGCCCGUCAGCAGGAUCCAGCUCUGGAUGUUCGGUACAGCGUGUUCGACUACGUUACCAUGAAUGUAUCUGCCUUCAACAUCUUUAAGAAAUUCACUGAAGAGAAACAUGGCAGCAUCAUGGAGUUCUUCCAGGGUUUGGAUGAUGAAAAAACCAUGAAAGUCUCAAACUCUGUGUUCAGGAAGGCUGUAAAGGAGGCGAACAUACCUCUGAAUCGACAUCAGCUCGAGUGGCUGAUCAGGAAGUUUGACGAGAACUUCACAGCAACUAUCAACUACAGUCAGUUUUGCUGA